AUUUUGGUGGCCGGGCGCGGAGGUGAUUCCACACUGAGGAGAGCGCGGCGGACGAGGUGGCAGUGGCAGCAUUCGUGUGCUCGGGUCUGAAUCGCCGAAGGAGGAGGCAGUGGAGGAAGAGGUGGCGGCGGUGGCGUUGGUCGUAGCGGUGGCGGAGGAGGCGGGUACGAAUCAGCUGCGGGCGGAGACAUGGCCAACAUCGCGGUGCAGCGAAUCAAGCGGGAGUUCAAGGAAGUGCUGAAGAGCGAGGAGGUCCGCUUUAUCACUAAAAUAUGGCAUCCUAAUAUUAGUUCUGUCACGGGGGCUAUUUGUUUGGACAUUCUGAAAGAUCAAUGGGCGGCUGCAAUGACUCUGCGUACGGUAUUACUGUCUUUGCAAGCACUGUUGGCAGCUGCAGAACCAGAUGAUCCACAGGAUGCAGUAGUAGCAAAUCAGUACAAACAAAAUCCUGAAAUGUUCAAACAGACAGCUCGACUUUGGGCACAUGUGUAUGCUGGAGCACCAGUUUCUAGUCCAGAGUACACCAAAAAAAUAGAAAAUCUAUGUGCUAUGGGCUUUGAUAGGAAUGCAGUAAUAGUGGCCUUGUCUUCAAAAUCAUGGGAUGUAGAGACUGCAACAGAAUUGCUCCUGAGUAACUGAGGAGUAGAAUGAGAGCUGCUGAUAGUCAAGCUUGUCCUUCUUGAGGAGUAUCAACAUCUGUUAUUUUUAGAAUUCUGCAUAGAUUUCUUUUAAACUGGCAUUCUUGCCUAAUGAUGUUACCUAGGCACCAUUGGAGACUGAGAAAAACAAAAACAAAACAAACCUGCUCUGUAAAUAAAGCUAAUUAAACGUCUGUGUAAAUUUAAAAAGGGGAAAUACUUUAAUUUUUUUCUUACUUGGUAGUGUAAAAUUCUUUGAGCUAAGCUAAAACCAUGGAAAAAACAUGCUACUUUAGCAUUUAGCAGUGUACCAAGACUAGCAAGAGUUUGCUUCAGGAUUUUGUUGAAUAAUUAAGAUACUAUUUUGAGUGUGUCAGGGCCAUUCAAAUUGUUGGUGUUGCAUCACAGCUACCUUACCUGUUUUUAACAUGGAUCCUCUGUGCCUGUGAAUUGACCUGCAUGCUUGUACUUGACUUCUUAGGAUGGGUAGCUGCAAAGACCACCAUUUUAAGCAUCUGAGAAUUUAUCCAGCAUUGAAGAUGGUGACCUUAUUCAGAGCCUUUGCCCUUGUCAACAGACUAGGGCAUCAUAUCUAUUUUUUCCCCUCUACCACACACAGCAAAUGUUCUGUAUUUGGUGGGGAAGUGUGCUAAGAGACAGUAGCCCUUGCUCCAUUUUUAGGUCAUAGGCGUGGAAUGUUUUGUCACAGUUCUUGAAACACUCUUAAAGCUCUCCUAUGUACGUAAUAUUGUGAAAAUGGAGCUGCCAAUUUUAUUUCUCUUACAAAACCAGUAAAUACUUGAUGUUGCAGUAUUCCCAGAUUUAAUGAAAGAAUCCAAUUUAGU